GAUGUCCAUUCAACAUUACAAAGCUCUGAGCAGCUUAUGGCCAACUCCGCUUAUCUUCUCAACUUUGAGAAAUUUUCUUCAUAUUUUACAACCAGCCACCUGGUUUGUAAGGUGGUUAACUAAAACUGAGAGAAGCCACAUUUGGGACAGAGGUCAUUCAGCUGAAAUCACUUAUCCUUGUGGAUGUAAGCUGGGAGUUGUAUUCUACUUCACUGAUCUCUUCUGCACAGCAACGUUUAACCUCAUGUCUCCCAUGUGGCAGAAAGAAUAUGUGGUCAGCGAGACCUUCACCUCUAUUUCAUGACGAAGCUGGAUGGAAGUCCUCUAUGAGUGUGGAAGCCAUUAACAGAGUAAUUGCUGUCUGUUGCCAUGACAACCAGUCGCUGCAGUCACCUGCCCGAAGUCUUGCCAGACUGCACCAGCUCAGCUGCGCCUGUGGUGAAGACGGUGGAGGACUGUGGCAGCCUAGUGAAUGGGCAGCCACAGUAUGUCAUGCAAGUUUCAGCCAAGGACGGGCAGCUGCUGUCAACAGUAGUGCGGACUCUUGCCACCCAGAGCCCCUUCAAUGACCGGCCAAUGUGCAGGAUCUGCCAUGAGGGCAGCAGCCAAGAGGACUUACUCUCUCCAUGUGAAUGUACUGGGACCUUGGGGACAAUCCAUCGGAGCUGCCUGGAGCACUGGCUGUCAUCCUCAAAUACCAGCUACUGUGAACUCUGCCACUUCAGGUUUGCAGUGGAGCGCAAACCCAGGCCGUUAGUGGAGUGGCUUAGGAACCCUGGCCCCCAGCAUGAGAAGCGGACUCUGUUUGGAGACAUGGUGUGCUUCUUAUUUAUAACGCCCCUGGCUACCAUCUCCGGCUGGCUGUGCCUUCGGGGCGCCGUGGACCACCUGCACUUUAGUAGUCGGCUGGAAGCCGUGGGACUGAUUGCUCUCACCGUGGCACUCUUCACGAUUUACCUCUUCUGGACACUAGUGUCAUUUAGGUACCACUGUCGAUUGUACAAUGAAUGGCGUCGGACCAAUCAGAGGGUGAUUCUCCUCAUUCCAAAGUCUGUCAACAUCCCUUCUAACCAGCAGUCCCUGCUGGGGCUCCACUCAGUCAAGAGGAACUCAAAGGAGACAAUUGUUUGAUGUCUGUGUGGUCAGAUGCUGGACUCGUUGUUGGGGGUUUAGAAGUCUCUGCACUGGGGCCAUGCGCUGAGCCACCCCAAAGCCCUUCCCUCCGUCUUUGGGUCUAAGAACAUCUUACCGCAUCGCAUCGCCUGAGUAAGGAACUCAGCCAGAAGGAAACAAUGCUGUUUGACUUCAAAAUCAUGGAUGCUGCACUCAGAUGACACUCGCUAAGCUGCCAAACAUGUCUAUCUAGCAGAUACUGUAAGGACUUUCUGAACACCUCUUUAACAUACGAGGAAGGUUGUCCUGCUGAGGAUGCAACGCAAUUCUUCCUUUUUUAUUACUAUCGCAAAUAUAUAUAUAUAUAUAUAAAUAUAUAAUUUAGAUGAUAAUCAAAAUUGAAAAGCCAAUGUACAAACUGGUUUCUUGGUUUGGGUGGGUUUUAUUUGGGUUAGUUUAUUCAUUUCCCCGUUUCUACUGUGGAUCUUUGGUGGCUAACUUGAGGGCCCGAGUGGUCUUUUUCAUCUUUUAUGUCCCUUAUUCAAGGAGACAGCAUAAUUACUGCAGAACAAGUCACAUUUGAAGGGUGUUUUGUACUAAACCUCAUUCAGUUAUUCAGUUUUUAAAAGGGAAAAAAAGGUGUGGCAACUCAGCACACCACACGGUGAGCUGUUUAUUUAAAUAUCAAGGAGGAAGACAUGGCGAGAGGCCCCCUCCUUUGAACUCGUUUGGUACUGACAGCUGAUAGAAGCUAUUUUCUAAUAAUAAAUAUCCGGUGUGUGAAAGACAAGCCUUACUGA